GCCUUGUCAGUUAUCCGUGGCCACGCCCUCCGGUAAUGCAGCACGGGAGAAAGAGAAUGGAACAAAAUGAAGGACUUCGCGGCAACCGAGGCUUUUCACUAGAGAACUAGAUUAAAGACUCCUGACAGUUCCCGCACGGUGAUGCGCCAUGCCCAUAGUGGACAAGCUGAAGGAGGCCCUGAAGCCGGGCCGAAAAGACUCUACCGAUGAGGGAGACCUGAAUAAGCUGCUCUCCUCCUCGGCCAAGAAAGUGCUGCUGCAGAAGAUUGAGUUCGAGCCAGCCACCAAAGGCUUCAGCUACCAGCUGGAGACGCUCAAGACCAAGUAUGUGAUCCUGAACCCCAAGACCGAUGGUGUGGUGCAGAGAGCAGCCGAUCCCACGCCAAUCAAGAGGCAAGGUUCUGAAGGCCUCAGUGGAGGUCAGGGUGAUGGCAUCCCAGCACCUCAGAAGCUACUCUUUCCAGGGAACAAACUCUCCAUGAAGUGGGAGCGAGUGUACCGGGUGGGAGCGGGCCUCCACAACCUGGGCAACACGUGCUUCCUGAACUCCACCGUGCAGUGUCUCACAUACACACCGCCUCUCGCCAACUACCUGCUGUCCAAAGAGCACAGCCGCUCCUGCCACCAGACAGGAUUCUGUAUGAUCUGCAUCAUGCAGAACCAUAUCAUCCAAGCCUUCGCCAACACUGGCAACGCCAUCAAGCCUGUGUCAUUUAUCCGUGACUUGAAAAAAAUUGCCCGCCACUUCCGGUUUGGCAGCCAGGAGGAUGCCCAUGAGUUUUUGCGCUACACCAUCGAUGCAAUGCAGAAAGCCUGCCUUAACGGUUACCCAAAGUUGGACAGACAGACGCAGGCCACCACACUGGUUCACCAGAUCUUUGGGGGUUACCUGAGGUCAAGAGUCAAGUGUUCUAUUUGUAAAAGUGUGUCAGAUACAUACGACCCCUACCUGGACAUAGCUGUUGAGAUUCGGCAAGCAGCCAAUAUCGUUCGCGCCCUGGAGCUGUUUGUAAAGCCGGAUGUUUUGAGCGGCGAGAACGCCUACAUGUGUGCUAAGUGUAAGAAGAAAGUGCCGGCGACAAAACGAUUCACGGUUCAUCGGACGUCAAAUGUGCUCACACUUUCCCUUAAACGCUUUGCCAACUUCAGUGGAGGAAAGAUUACCAAGGAUGUUGGCUACCCAGAGUUCCUGAACAUUCGUCCAUACAUGUCUCAAAACUCAGGAGACCCAGUGAUGUAUGGCCUUUAUGCAGUCUUGGUGCAUUCUGGGUACAGCUGUCAUGCUGGUCACUACUACUGUUAUGUUAAGGCCAGCAAUGGGCAGUGGUACCAGAUGAACGAUUCGAUGGUACAUUCCAGUAACAUCAAGGUCGUGCUCAAUCAGCAGGCUUAUGUCCUCUUUUACCUGAGGAUUUCUGAAAAGAAGAACACGGACAGUUCAAGCGUAAAGCAGAACUUGGUGCAUUCUGGGAGGAGUAACAUGACCCCUGAACAGCUGAAGAAAAUUCCACUCAACGGUCCUUUAUCGUCUCCGCAGAUCACCAAGAAGGUGGACACCGCUCAGCUGAGGAAGAUCCAGUCUGUGGACGGGGGGCUGGGUGUGCCAGUGGCCCGCAACGGCUCAGGCAUCCAGUCACCCAAACUGGCUAACGGUACACCAAGGGUGCCAGGUGGCCCAAUGCUCAUCGAGGAACCCAUCAAGAAGCUGAAGAAACCUUCUGCUCAGCUGCAGAGCCGCACCAACAUUCCUGCUUCCUCCAACGGCGUCGCCAAGUCUGAGCAGGACAAGGGGAGCAGCGGCGAGGGGCGGAGCCUGGCAGUGUCUACCUCACUCAAGUCCCUUGCAUCAGAGUCCUCGUCAGCGGACACCUCUUCUGAGUCCAAGGAAUCGAUCGGCACCAGGAGUGCUCCUGUGGGAAAUGUGACUACUCCUGCCAAGAGCAUCGUAAACAGAAUGUCGUCUCCGGCUAAAAGCGCUGAGCGGCUUGCUGCUGAGGAUCAGAAGUCGGCCAAGCUGAAACCUCCCGCCCUCAACAACAUUGCAUCUGAACAAACCAGCACCAUGUCGCCCCCUCCUGCCAAGAGACUGGCACUGUCUGCCAAGAAGGCCAGUCGCAGUCCCAUCUGGAGUCCGAACAACAACAGCAGCAGCCGCAGCAUUGAGGCUCCGUCCUCUCCAUUGCAUCAUCAGUCCCGUGACCCUAAGCAUUCAGCUCUACUUCACCCUCUGACCCCCACCUCACCUUCCCAAAACCACAGGAUUCCAUUCCAUUCUGCCAAGCAGCCUCAGCAUGUACCUCAUCUGUUUAAAAAUGCAAGUCUGCUUAAGGGGCCCUCCUCGUCCUCAUCCUUGAUGAAACCCACACUUUCUUCUCCAAUCAGCAGGCUUCACCCCUGCCCUGCUAGCAACUGUGGACCAACCCAGAGCCAGAAAACCACCGAAUCAUGUACAGGGUUCGCCGAUGGACUCGCCAGUCCAACCUUAAAGAAGAAGAAGAAGAAAAAGAAGCGACGCCAUUCUGAAAUGGAAAACCCCACUGCUGAGCUUCUUGCCAAAACCGAGCAGGACGUGCCAGAGCUCACAGCUGAAAUGAGAAAGGUAAAAAAGCAUAAGAAAAGGAAAAGAGAGGAGGAACCAAACAGCAUGAAGGUUCAGAGAGAAGGUGUGCAGUCGCAUCUGGAGCCAUCAGGUCAGGACGAAGACUGGUGCCUCGGAGAGAUGUGGAGAAUAAACCCAGAUGGUAGUUCAGAAAAGCCAAAACAGCAACGACAACUGACUACAGAGCCAAAACCGUCUCAGGCCCAAGAACAAAUUCAGCCAACGUUGUGCGAGACUUCACAGAACCACCAUGACUCCAACGUUAAAAAGAAAAAGAAGAAGAAAAAGCACAAAGAGAAGCUGGACGAGAACAUCAAGCAUGAGACUUCCGAAAGAAAAACUGAGACGAUACAUAUAGACACAGAGUUGCCGGAUUCGAGUGUGCCGAAGAAAAAAGCCAAGAAGAGGAAAAGAGAAGCGCACCAGAGCGAGGCCGAGGAUGCUCAUGGGGAUGAUGCUGGAGGCGAGCCACUUAGUCAGACCAACCAUGUGGUGCUGGAGAAGACGUGCAAACCCAGCACAGCUGCAGUGGUGGUCUGGGACAGCCAGGUUCAGGACGGUUAUAAGCGAAGCAGAGACGCUGCUGAUUCAGAGCAGGCAUCUGGGAAAGAGUCCCGUCCUGCUACCGCGGCCUGGGACGGCAAGAAGAGCUCUAGUGUAGUCGAGGAACUGCUUAAGAACGCCACCAAUAAAGCAUACGGAACUGAAGUCCUCAGUUGGGAUGGAGAGUGCUCUGCCAUAAGCAGAGAUGCCAUGCAGGACACACGUGAUGCCAAACACGACACUGUAAUCGACGAAUGGGACGAAGAGUUUGACAGUGGAAAGGUAAAGAAGAUAAAGUCAUUUAAAAAAGAAAGGAGAAGAAGUUUUAACGUCUUCCAGAAGAUCCAGGAUCGGCGCAACAUGUGGUCUGUCACACCAGGAGGGAGGAGGAACAGUUGGGGCCAUCGCUACUGACAUGAUGGAUUCAAGACGGGGAUUCUAUUCACACUCCCUGGCUCGACCGCCUUAUUGGAGAAGCUGCGUGAUCUCUCUGAGAACGUUCCAGAAAUGCGAGAAGCUUGUGUGGGAAGUAAAUAAAGCGAUGAGACCAAAGCCAUCUGCAGGGGCUGAAGUCCAGUAUUUGGAUUCUGAAUAAAUGGGGCCUGGGUUUGAGCAGACCAAUGUAUCGUGGCGUCAGGUUCAGACCGCCAUAAUAAACAAUUUUAGCCACAUAUAACUCGAGUCCAUGGUGAAAUACUGUACUGUAUCUUGCUAUUUCAGGAAAGGAGGCAAAUAUAUCCUGGAAACUGAUAGUGAUGGGCAGCAGUGCUGUUAUUAUUGGGUUGUGGAAACAUUGGGCCUACACUACUGCCUAGACUAUUGACAAGAACAACAUUUUCUCAAAAAUGAAUUCAUCUGCUUUUUUUUGAUGUUGUUUUCCCCCUCUUCUUAGAGAUAUUUUAUUUCACUUCAUCACAUUUGAUAUAUAAUAUAGUCCCAAUGGCCCGAUGAGUAAUCUGCUACAUAUUAGCUAUAUAAGGCCAGCAGUCUCGCUCAUUUUUAUUUCUUUGUAUGGUUAUUAAUAUUAUAUGAGCCUCAUUGAAUCCUCCCUGAAUCCUCCAUAUUGUCUGCUUAUCACAUUGAAUGUUGUUGAAGAAAACGCGGUUCCCUAUUCUUUUUUGUUUUAACCUAAUCCCUCAUCUAUCUAUUACCUAAUAUCCAAAAAUUACAAGCUUGAUGCACCCUUAAUGUUUCAUCCUUAGAUGGGAUGAAUAAUAUGUCCAUCUGUAACAUGUCUGAAGGCCAGGCUGCUUCAAUAUAAAACAUAUCCAUCCAUUUCAUCAUUGGAGAGGCUGCAUCAGCAGUGCUCCAUCCCUUAGAAAUCCGCAGGGAAGGUUGUAGUGUGUAUUUCAGAUUUUACAUGCCAAUGCCACUGUUCCUACUUUCUAUGCAAGUCAGACAGGUCUUAAAAAUGUUCUCUCUGUUCCUCUUCUACAGUGCAAACAUUAUCCUCUUCAUCCCUCAUUUUCACUGAUCAUUCAUAGUCCAGAGUGUAAACUUUUUUUCUGGAAAUGUACUAUAAUGCUUUAGAACAAAAGGUUUAUUUUACUCCAGAGACCUAGCCACAGACUAAUAGUGUGUAAGAUGUGAAGCUUUCUGGAAUAGAACAUUGUACAGUCCCACUUGUGCUCUGUGUGACUUCCUUAAACAUCCUUGUAGUCAAGAGUUAAUUCCCCAAGAUACUUCCAUUUUAGAAAAAAGUUGCCUUGAAAAAAAUUAAUAGAUUAUCCUAAGAGAGAUCUACUUUAUCAUUUAAAAAUGAGACGCAUAUUUAAAUGCGCAUGUAUUUCACAAAUAAAGCCUAAUAUAUUAAAGGGUUUUUGGACUGUAACUGUAGAAUUUUCUCAGUGGACAGACGUGCGAGUGCUGUGCGGAACUCCGUGUCUGGAGGAACAUAAGAACUGUGAGCGCUGUUGAAUGUGUUAGUGUUAGAAAUGUUACUCUGUUCUUUUCAGUAGAACCAAUGCUGAAGAAUACACUGAUCUUUAAUUCAUGAUCAUUUACACCACUGGUUCUGUACCUUUAUGAUGCCCUUUCAAGACUAAGAAGAAAUGUUCAAUAUUGAGACUAUAUGAAUAUAAAUAUACAGGUGCAAUAAAGUUGUGUUUUUUUUUUUGGUGAAAUUUUCAGGUUGUUCAUAAAAAUGCAUUCGUGCAGAAUAUGACUUGUGGACAAAUUGCAAAAUAAUGUUUUUCAUCAAGCUGUUCCAGUUAUGUUAACUGAUGUAUUAAGGUUUUAGUUACUUUUCCAUGUUUGGGCUUGUAUAAGGCAGUUCAUGUAAAUGAAAGACAUUGAUAAUAUUUGUAAUGUAACUGUCGAAAUUAGGUUUAUGCAAAAAUAAAUUACAUGUUACUGGUUAAAUUCGA